GGGGCGGUGCCGCGCGUGGGCGGAAGCGCGGCGCCCACGUGGUUCCUGCCGGCCGCCGGCGGUGGUGAGGCGAGGUGGGCUCGGCCGCCAUGGACCCGCUGCGGGCGCAGCAGCUGGCGGCCGAGCUGGAGGUGGACAUGAUGGCCGACAUGUACAACCGGAUGACGCAGGCGUGCCACCGAAAGUGCGUCCCCCCCCACUACAAGGAUGCGGAGCUUUCGAAGGGUGAGAGCGUGUGCCUUGACCGCUGCGUGGCCAAGUACCUGGAGGUCCACGAGAGGAUGGGCAAGAAGCUGACGGAGCUUUCGCUGCAGGAUGAGGAGCUUCUCAAGCGCAUGCAGCAGGGCACCGGCACUGCCUGAGCCUCCCUGGCCCCCACCCCCCUCACCCCAAUAAACUGAAGGCUUUGGGCCA